AUGAAACGGACGUCUCCCGUUAACCGUCAGCAGUCCACCGUUAACCGUCAACAGUCCACCGUUAACCGUCAACAGUCCACCGUUAACCGUCAACCGUCCACCGUUAACCGUCAACAGUCCACCGUUAACCGUCAGCAGUCCACCGUUAACCGUCAACAGUCCACCGUUAACCGUCUACCGUCCACCGUUAACCGUCUACCGUCCACCGUUAACCGUCUACCGUCCACCUUGAAUAAAACCAUAGAAGAGUGUGCGGUUGCUGUUGAAGCCAGAAGAGUCGAGGUACAAGUGUGUGUAAUCGACACACACACUCACACAGUCAGGAAGCACUGCUGCAGCCAGAUAGUGGAGGGACCGGAGGGCAGUGUGUUUCUGACAUCAGUGGGUUUCCCCGGUGACGACCCUCUCUACCGCCACAUCCAAGAGGAGCCGACCACACACACCGUAAGGAGCUUUCUGGGUUUCACCUCCUUCUCCAUCGGAGAUCUGCUCCGGUCCAAAGAGCCUUGCAUCCCCCUGAGUCUCAGGACGCUGGACGGCGUGAACGAGGCCGGCGAGGUUACGGUGUCCCGUCUGCAGAUGGAGGGAGAAACUCCUCCUGAUCACAAGUGUCCCGCUCUGUGCGACAGUCUUCACAGCUCCUUCCACGACGAAGAAAACAGUCCGAUGAUGAGAGCAGUGUUGUGUGCUCAGGUGUGUAAGGUGUACAGGUUUCAGACGGAGGAUCAAAGAUGGCUGCUGGUCCGGGAACAGAUGUCGGAGACGCCGCUCUCGUUCUCUUUACCCAAACAGCUACUGAGCGCGCUCAUACGGAGCCACCUGGUCAGUGUCCAGGAAGUGAAGGAGAUCGGUGACCUUUCACCCCACUGGGAGGGGCUCCGCCACGACGUCGUCAGCCACUGCGACCGCCUGAUUGGCUGUUACCAGGAGACGCUCGCCGAGCUCGACAAACUCUCAGCCUCUUCCUGUUUUAAGUCCAGCGGCAGCAAAUCAGACAAACACCUUCAGUUUGUUCCGACCAACCUGCAUUCACAGAGGAUGGAGGUCACCGGUCCACACAGCACAGGUGUGUGGUAUGAGGUCAUAACAUUCGGGGCUCCAGCUGAUCAUCACCAGGCCUUCAAACACGGAGGACUGAAGAAGCUGCUCAGUAAACACACACAGCACAGAGACAGCCGCGUCUCUUACUCCCGGGACGAGAGCUCCAGGGCCAGGGAGCUGCUGGCCAGCGUGGCCCAGCUGCAGCCUCUGGUGUUCGGGUUGGCUGAGGAGCUGCUGGCCGUCUCCCUGGAGCUAAGCGCCGCGCGGCUGCAGCAGGUGCUGGACGACCUGACGCAACAGACGGGGCUCUUUGUUCACGCCCUCAAAGACGAGCUGGUGAAGAGCGCCCUGCUGGAACUCCGCGGCAACCACACGCCGACCAAUCAGGAGGCAGAAUACGACGAGGAGGAAUGGGACCGGGCGUGGGCAAACGUCGCCAUGAGCCUCAGCUGCAUCGUUGUCAUGGUCGACCGGCUUCAGGGGCGGGAGGACCGCCCACUGGCGGUGACAUCAUCGAGGCAGCAGGAAGCCAGCGAGGACACGACCUCCCAGAACACCCCCUCCUCCUCCUCCUCCUCUUCCUCUGCGUACUCCUGGCAGGAGCAGCUGCUCCCCCUGGUGGUCACUCUUAGGGAUUGCGUGCGCGAGGCGGUGGGGAAGGCCCGCGCCGCCAUGACCUUCGUCGUCCUGCAGGGGGCGGUGGCCUCGACCGUCGCCCAGGGACCGGUGCACAUCGUCCAGAGACGCCACGCUGUCUUCAGCCAGGCGCUCUCGGCGGUGGUCUGUGGUUUCCUGUUGAAGCUCUAUGGAGGUCUGGAGGAUCCAGACUUCCUGCUGCAGCUUCACUCUGUUGGACUCCUGGUUCAGUUUGAAGGCCUCCUCAGCACCUACGGCGACGAGGUGGGGAUGCUGGAGGACAUGGAAGUGGGCGUGUCCGACCUGAGCAGAGUCGCGUUCACCGUCAUCGAGGCUAACGGUGAACAACCGGACGACCUGCUGCCGACACUCAGUGGAGCAUGGGGCAGUUUGGUGGUCCAGGUCCCGUUGCCGUACGAGACCUUCAGGUCGCUGCCGCAGGAAGUAAAAGGCGGUCGUUUGAUUCGAGUUCAUCCGGUUCUCUUUAACAUCGGGAUCAACCAGCAGCAGAGUCUGGCUGAGAGGUUCGGGGACAGCUCCCUGCAGGAGAGGCUGAACCAGCAGAGCUGCGAGCGCCUCCGAGCGUACUGCGACUCGCUGAGAGACGCCGGUCCUCCAAGGGCUGGUCUCCAGGCUCUGCCGGUCCUGUUGUCCUCUCUGGAUCGCAGCGUAGAAACCAAGAAGAGGAAGAACGUGGGGGUUCUGUGGAUCGCUGCUAUGGUGUGUCGUGAGGUGAACGGCGUGCGCCUGACGAGCUGUAAGAGUGCAAAGGACCGCUCGGCGAUGUCGGUGACUCUGGAGCAGGUCGUCCUGCUGAGGGAGCGACACGCGCUUGGCCGGCAGCACUUCAGCGCCGCACUGGACUGCAUGAGGAGGGACGGCUGCAGGAUGGACAACGUGCAGAAGAACGUGGGCAGCAGGAAGUUCGCCUUCAGCGGCGUUCAGCUGCUCACGUUCCCCAAACUGUACCGACCUCCAGACGGCAGCUUCGGAUAAACACUAUUAUUAUUAUUAUAUUAAUAUUAUUAUUAUUAUUAAACACUUCUAUUAUUAUUAUAUUAUUUGUAUUAUUAUUAA